AUGGCUUCAGAGGCACCUCCGCAGCCCAGGCCUGCGUACGAGACAUCUUCAAAGUCUCCGCUAUAUGUCGAUCGUGAUUUCUACAGCGCGGUCGCUGCGGCAAGGCGGGAGUCUGUUCAGAAGAUUCAGAUCGCUCCACGUGACGGUCAGGCGUGGUUGGUCCCAGCAGGAAAGAUUUGUCGCAUAUCAACCCCUGAAGGACCUCAGGUAGGAGAUCUCAAUAUCUGGAAUCAGCAUAACGCGAGCGAAUACAUGUGGACCGCCAGGUCGAGGCAGUUACAUUCCAGCCAUAUCAGAGUGUUUGAUCGCCUAUGGAGCGUUCUGCCAUAUAUGCGGCCGCUGGUCACAGUCAUCAAUAACAGUUUAGAAGACUUUGGCGUUGAUGGCUCUGGUGGUAGGGUUCAUGAUCUGCUCGGGACGCGAUGUGACCCAUAUAUCGGCAAGAUACUGGGUGGAGACGAUUUCGAGUACCACUGCCACUCUAAUCUCGUACGAGCCAUCAAGCCAUUCGGCCUCAAAGAAUUCAAUGUUCACGACAACGUCAAUCUUUUCCAAGUGACAGGACUGACGAACGAGGACCAAUAUUUCAUGUAA